AUGUCACAGAACAGAACAGUAUCACAGUAUUAUGUGACUGUGUUACUGGAACAGGAUCUGCAACUUGAAGGAAAUUUCGAAUCAGAUGAAGCAUGUCAAUUUUUUACUUCUACUUUGAACUCGUCAACUGAAUCAGUGGUACAAGAACACAAAAUGACACAACUGAAAGAUUUACCUUCUGAAUUUCGUCUCACAGGAUUGGAGGUUCUCAGUGUAACUGAGGACUUGCACAAACUUACAGGUUUCAGACCAGAGCGAAUUUUGAUAAAGACUGGUUCUACAAUCACUGAAACGGCUGUGCUGUUUGGAUAUGCACUGAAGCUGGAUACCUCUGAGUUUACUCACACUCAUUCCUGGUCAGAAGAAAAUGAACAUUUGAGUGCACUGGGAUUAAUUUGGGUGGAAUUUGCUGUAAAUAGUAAACUUCCAAGAAACAUUGAACCUCGUGUUUUGGAGGAAGAAGGAUUUUAUGUCAGUAAAAAACCACAUGUGUCGGAAAAAAAUAUCAACAAAAUGGAGAAUCGGGCCAUCAGGGAAGGGAAAUACUGGUUUGGGGAAGAUGGAAAUAUUAUUGCAUUAGCAGAUCCAAUUAAGUUAUCCUGGAAGUGUAGACUGCCAUCACCAGAUGAUGUAGAGGAUCCUGAAACAAGUCUGAAGACUGUCUAUAAGAAGGCCAUAGUGAGUGAACUGGCAAAAGAUAUUGACAGUCAUUUUGGGGAGCUUUCUCAAAUCUACCAACUGGAUAUAAAUAUUGCAAAUUUGCAUUUUCUUCACCACCCUUUGUUUAGCAAAGAACAUGUUUUGGCAGUGAAGCUUAUGCAGCUUUUUGACAAUUACCGACAAAGGCAAAAGCAAAAUGUCAGCCAGCUCCUAGCAGAAAAAGUCUGGAAACAGAUAAAAAAUUUGCGGAUUUUAAACAAUUACAUUUGUACACCAGUAAAGCUCCAAUUGCAAGAAAUUGAAUAUACCUCAGAAUCUGAGAUGGACGCAGCGGUUGUCACCAUUUGGGUGCCUUUGCCGCCUGAAGAGGAGAAUGAAUUUCUUUUCAGUCAUUCCAGGCUCAAGAGGUUGGAAGUGAAUUAUGAAGCCUUUGGAAAGCAGUGUGAAGUGGAAUACAUUGCAGAAGUAAUUGGACUUGAACAAGAACUUCAACAACAGUUUUGGCGAGAAAUGGAGACAUAUAAUGAAAAACUGAAAAAUUUGCAAAGCAAACAGGAUGUCAAAAGAAGAAAACUUUUAGAAGGAGAUGAAUCAGUCAGUGAAGCUACUGAUGAUGAGAUAGGAAAGCCACCAGUACUUUCUAUGCCAACUGAUCGAAAGAAAAUGGAAGAUAUGGCAAGAACAAGAAGAAUGUGGAUUCAGAGGCAACAGAUUAAGCCUACUUUGAUUCCUAAACUAUUACUGACUGUGGAUAUAACACCAAACUCACAGUGCUCUGGGGCUGAAUUGCAAAGAAGGAUGGAAGUGGAAAACCAUAAGUUCUUCAUUCGUAUUUUCUACAAUGACAAAAUUGUUUCUUCUACUGUUAGCUCACAAUUACUGCCGGAUUUCAGUGUACAGUUUAGACAAAUAUUCAACAUUCAGAUAAUUCACAAACCCGAAAGCAUUAGAUUUGAGAUAUGUGAAUUAGUGAGCAAAAAUAUCAAACUACUGGCAAAGGUAUAUAUACCCAUUCCUGAAGUAACCACAAUUACCAGUACUGCUGUUUUGGAAGAGAUAGAAUUUGGUAGUGAUGAGGUAGUUACAACUACUCAUGAAGGAGUUGGAAGUAAUGUACCAUUUGUUUUGGAUGAAACAAAAUCCGAAGAAUAUUUUUUAUUAACUUCUGGAAAGUUACUGUAUGCUGUUUCAUGGGGAGUAAGUGAAGAUGGCCUUGCCCUUGCACCACCUGCACUUAAACCAAAAACCUAUAAAGAAAGCAUGGAUGCUAUUGCAUCAAUUGGGAUGUCUUGGUUGAAUGACUUGCAGAAACUUGCUGAAUGGGCGAGAAAAGCCAGAGUGGAUCCCAAUGAUCCGCAGAAUUCAGAUUUAAUGCAAGUAAUUAAGUACACAACUGAGGAGGGCCAGCAUGCUCCUGAAUACUUUAGAUUAGAUCAAAUACAAGAAGAGUUUAACUUUGUAACAGAUAAAAAUCUGGAGCUCUCUAAACGUUUUCAAUUACUGAUGCUAAGAAAUUCUGGAGUUCCUGAAUAUUGUUGCUUUAAGCAAGUGCCGCCAUACGACAAAGAGAUAUCUGACAAUAUUUUCCAGGAAUUUGAAAGCCAAAGGGAUGACAUUUUUGUAAAUAUCGGUGAAGAUUCACUGACAGAACAGAGAAUGAUGGCACUGAAGCAUCUAGAAAAGGUAAAAGCUUCUGUGAUGAAAAAGCUUUUGAGGGUCAGGCACCAUUAUACAGUGCAAGACAUGGUUGUUGAAUGUGAAGAAAUUAGUACCAUAAGCCAAGUAAGUCUUGCCAUGUUAAGCAUGAUUGCACCUCGAAAAAAAAUGAAACCACUGCGUAAGGAGAGAAAAAAAAUACCUGCCCAGACCUUAUCUGAUGGAGAUGUCAAGCUGCUUAUUAAUGUAUUAGGAGCAUACAACAUUCCAAUGAGGAAAUGUAUUAUCAGAGUCCUUGAGUUCAUUGACACUGAUGUGUCCUACUACAACGCUUCUACAAUUUCUGAAGUUAUUGGACCAGAUAAUGACAUAGUCAAGAAGAUCCAAGUGCAACCAUUUGUUGAAGUUACUUUCCAGCAAUCAAUGUAUCAGACAAGUAUUGCUGAUGGAACCCAGCCAUGUUGGAAUGAAAAACUUGAAAUGGAUUUCAAAUCACCUAAUGGAGAUUACAACAGUGCAGCCUUAUGCAAAAUGAAGGACAAGAUAGUAAUUAACAUAUUUGAUAAUAUAAGUGUUCCUAACCCAGAGAGUGACUGCCUCGAGACGUGCAAUAUUAAGCCACAUGUCAAGCAUUGGCUGGGAUCCAUUGCUAUUCCAUUCAAUACAGUACUUGAACAAUCAAAGGAAGACAACCAACCACCUCUCUGGCAGUUGGAAACAACAGAAGAUGAAGAUCUGUUACAUAUGGCAUAUAUAUUUCAAAAAGACAUUCAUAAUCUUUACCCAAAGCGAAGAGUCGUUGUCAAUACUAUUGACACUGAAUGUAGAGUUGGGAUUGUUACAAGAUAUAUCAGACCACUUUGUCCACCACAAGAACUGCUUGAUAUAUUUCCUGAAAAUUCCAAGGCAACCUUUAAUCUUAUAGCUAGAUUUGUGUCCUUGAUUCCAUACCUUCCAGAUCACCUAGGCUUUUCAGAUGCCUGCAAUACUUGGCUGACAUCACAGCAAUUUCUUAAUCUGAUACUUGGAGGUAAAGAAGACCAUGCAGUCCUUCUUUGUAACUACUUCUUGUACAUGAAGGUGAAUGCUUUUGUGCUGUUAGGAACCUCAAUUCUUGAAGGAGUGACAGCGUAUGUGAUUACUCAAGAAAAAACGGCCACCAUGAUUUGGAAUCCAGAAACUGGAGAGUGUUAUGACCAGUACAAUGCUUUUUGUCCACUUCAAAGUGCUGAUUGUUUGAUCAAUAAAGAAAAUGUCUGGGCUAAUAUUCAAAAGAACAGUCUCCCUAUGAGUAUAAAUUUUGAUGUCACAAAGGAAAAUAAUUGGCGACCAUUCUUCACCAAGGGUUCCCAGAAUUAUGUAUUAUCUUCUGUACAGCCGUCAGAACUAAUCUACCACGUCACAGAAAGAAGCCUUGUUGAUAAAUUACAGAGCAGAAUUGAAUGGGCAUUGAAGAACAAAAUCAUGGAAUGGAGAGCUCAGCACCCCACGCGAUGGAACCGUUACUGCACUGGAGUGUUUCAAAAUUUUCUUCCACUACUCGAACAAAACCUUGGUCGCUCAGUGAGUGAAGAACAGAGCACAGGAUUAGAGAGUUUAUUAAAAGAAUUCAAGGUUUCUGGAUUUCCUAUUCAGAUGCGCUAUUCAAAUUUGCAGACAAUAUUUGAUAAAGUCUACAGUACUGGUAUUCAUAAUAUAGAAAUCCCUAAUGUGGAGUUUGCUGUUGCAGUGUACAUUUAUCCAUAUCCUAACAAUGUACUAUCAGUGUGGAUCUAUGUAGCAUCUUUGAUCUUUAUUGAGGCUUUAAAAAUUAAGCUAGCUCUUCUGAGCGUGCAGCCUCUAAAAAAUUUUGACGGACAAAGCAUGAGCAUUUCAAGAGAAGCUCAAGAGAACGUUUUGCAGUGCUGCAAUAUGAACCGGGCAGCCAACCGAGUGACUGAGUACAUGGGAAAAUCAGCAGGUCAUGGUCAGACCUGCAGGUCCUGUGCAACCAAUCUGGCAAGUAUUGUUCCAGAAAAAUCAUCAUUUUCAAAUCUUUUGAAGACUUUCCAGUAUCGAUACUCUUGCAUUGAAGAAUGA